UCUCAACACAACAAUGGCGACAACUACCCCAUUCUUUCUCGUCACUCUUCUCUUCUCUUUCUCUUUUCUCACCUCCGUCACUUUCUCCCGCACCACUCCCACCACUACAACAUCUCCUCUUGAUGUCACCUCCGCUCUUGUACGAGUAACUCAAAUACUUGACAUCCUCAAUGGUCACUCAGACUUUCAACCUUUUGCUCAAGAAACGAUACAACAAUCCUCUCUUGAUUCUUCUUCGUUUUCGUUUUCAUUCCCUCUUCAUUCUAGAGAAUUCCUCAACAAAACCCAACACAAAGACUACAAAUCCCUACUCCAAGCUCGACUUGACCGGGAUUUAACCCGAGUUAACUCGCUGGUCACCAAACUCCAGCGUGCUCUGAAGAAAGGGGAGGUGAAAUCUGCUGAUAAUCAGGUGCUUACUCAGGGUGGCAAAUUAUCGGCUCCGCUGGUGUCGGGCGAGAGCCAAGGGAGCGGCGAGUACUUCACUCGGAUCGGCAUCGGGUCCCCAGCGGAGCAGUUCUACAUGGUGAUCGACACUGGCAGUGACGUUAACUGGAUUCAAUGUGAACCUUGUGUUGACUGUUACGAUCAAUCAGACCCGAUUUUCGACCCGUCCUCGUCGUCCUCUUAUGAGUCUGUCUCGUGCGAGUCUCGUCAGUGUGAUCAACUUGAAGUGUCAGCUUGUAGUAGAGACAGGUGUCUUUAUGAAGUGACGUACGGUGACGGGUCUUUCACAGUUGGCACUCUCAUGACCGAAACGCUCUCGUUUGGGAAGAGUGGAUACGUGGAAAAAGUCGCCAUGGGUUGUGGCCACGACAAUGAAGGUUUAUUCACAGCAGCUGCUGGGUUGCUUGGCCUCGGUGGUGGCUCGCUCUCUCUCCCUGAACAACUCAAAGCAACGUCGUUUUCUUAUUGUUUAGUGGACCGUGACUCGAACAAGUCAGGUACUCUUGAGUUAAACUCACCUGUACCGAGUGACUCAGUCACAACUACGUUAUCAAAAAGCAGCAAAACCAAUACUUUUUACUACAUAGGGCUCACCGGGUUCGCUGUCGGCGGUCAUCCGGUUCAAAUCGCAGAGUCGACUUUCGAACUGGACAAAUCUGGCAACGGCGGGAUCAUCGUCGAUUGCGGGACCGCUGUAUCUCGGCUUGAGAUUGAGGCUUAUUACGCGCUACGUGACGCGUUUCGAAGUCAAACGAGCAACUUGAAAUCCACCCGACCUUAUGCUCUGUUCGACACGUGUUACGAUCUCUCAGGAUUAUCAACCGUAAAAGUCCCAACGGUGUCGUUUAUAUUCUCUGGUGGUAAAUAUUUCGAUUUACCCGCCGAGAAUUAUUUGAUUCCGGUGGAUUCGGACGGGACUUUUUGUUUUGCAUUUGCUCCAACGAACUCGUCUCCGCAAAUUAUAGGGAACGUUCAACAACAGGGGACACGUGUCACCUUUGAUCUGUCAAAUGAACGUGUGGGAUUCGCUUCCUAUAAAUGUUAAGGCAGUUUUAAAACUUUUUUAAUUAAGAGUCAUUAUGUCUUUACCUUGAUCGGUAAAUGUAAAUUAAGUGAAAAUUUCAGUGUUUUAAAUUAGGAUCAUGAGAUCAUAUGGGUAGAUAUACGCUCUAAUAAAUGAGGCAAUUACAUUUCCCUCAUGUAAGUUUUAUAAAAUAACAAUUCACCUCUUAGUAUUUAAACUAA